UGUCACUAAACUAAAACUCUUUAUUCUUUUCCUACUUCUACUUAUUAUGCCACAAAGUACGUCCAAGCCUUCAUCAGUCAUUACUCGCUCGCUUUCUUCAACUUUCACUACUUCUGAGAAGURMACUUCGAAUGAUGACAUUUUAAAAGCUAUUGAAUGUAUCCAAUCAUCUCAAGAUAAAUUAUUGGCUGGUCACAAACAGGAUAAAGAUGGAAAUAUUUGUUAUUUAUAUAUUAUUAUUAUUCGGGUUCGUAUUUGGUGCGGAUGAAGUAUUAGAAUUAAAACAAGGAAAGUUGACUGGUAGUAGUUUGAGGACAAGAAAUGGACGAGAAUUCAAAGCAUUCCAGGGAAUACCCUAUGCCAAUUCACCAACUGGGGAUCUUAGAUUUAAGGAUCCAGAACCAGCAGAUUCUUGGAUAGGUAUUUUAAAUGCUACUACUGAGCCACAAGUGUGUAUUCAGAAGAAUUUGUUUUAUUAUCAACAAGCAGAUAUUCUUGUCGGUGCAGAGGACUGCCUGUAUCUCAAUGUGUACACUCCAAAAAUMCCAAAAAAAGGUGAUAGAAAAUUGCUACCAGUUAUGUUUUGGAUUGCCGGUGGAGGUUAUUUUGCGGGUUCAGGAGGUUUAAGUUUAUAUGGUCCUCAAUAUUUGUUAGACAAGGACAUAGUUUUAGUCACCUUUAAUUACAGACUUGGAGUUMUAGGUUUUUUAAGUACUGAAGAUGAUGUAUUGCCAGGUAAUUAUKGUAUGAAAGAUCAAGUUUUAGCACUAAAAUGGGUCCAACAAAAUAUUGACAAAUUUGGAGGAAAUCGAAAAAAAGUUACUUUACUUGGACAAAGUGCUGGAAGUGCUAGUGUUGGCUUACAUUUGUUAUCACCGAUGAGUAAAGGUUUGUUUCACAAAGCAAUCAUGGAAAGUGCGUCGCCGUUAAAUUUAUGGGGUGUAAGUCCACCGGGAUGGGCUGAACGAAGAGCUUCUACUAUUGCAACUAUUGCUGGAUGUCCCAAAGAACCAAGACAAAUGGUUAAAUGUUUAAAAGAAGUACCUGCGAAAAUUUUAGUGAAUCUAUAUAAUAGAUUAUUUGAAUGGAGAAUUUAUCCAGUAAUUAAUUUCAUGCCUGUUGCUGAAAAGUGUAGUAAAAAAAAAGAAUCGUUUUUGUGUAAAUAUCCUUUAUUGGACUUUAAACAAAUAUCAAAAGUUCCAGUUUUAAUUGGAAUGAACUCUGGAGAGGGUGGUAUAUUUGCUUCUCGAAUGUACAACGCAACCGAUCUUGUGUACACUGAGUURAAAGAUAAUUUCGAUCAUUACGUAUCGUCAUUUUUAAUGUAUAGAUAUACAACAAAGUAUUCUGAUAUUUCAAUAAUUGGUGACAGGAUAUUUAAACGAUACUUCCCUGACGGGACUUUGAACGAUCCUUUGAAUGCUGUUAAAAUGAUUUCUGGUGGUAUAUUUUUACACGGUAUAUUUCAAAUGGCAAUCAAGUUAUCACGACCUGUGUAUUAUUACAUAUAUGAUCACUUGAAUUAUGUAUCAUUUAAUUCGUUGUAUGGACCCUAUCCAUUUCCAAAAAAGUUAGGGGUAACACACACAGACGAAGUAACCAGUCUAUUCUAUACAGCGGAUCGUGGAGACCUACWGGGAGAGGACCUUGGUGUAUCUAAUCUUAUGGUGAACAUAUGGACAAAUUUUGCGAUCACCGACUCUAUAACAAUUGAUGGUUCGAAAAAGGGAGAAAAAUGGCCGAAAUUUAACACCAAAAAAUAUGAAUAUGUUUUUAUUAAUACAAGUAUUCCUUUAAUUAAAGAGAGACCGAAUGUUGAUGAAUACGAAUUUUGGAAUAGUUUGCCAUUGUUGUCUGGAUUGAAUGAAGCCCGAGCGUCAGUUAAAACUGAACUUUGAUUCCGUAUUUAUAAUCAAAUGAACWUAAUUAACUAAUAUUUAGUUUAAUUGGCCUUAAUUACUUAGAUUAUAU